CUCGAAAUGGCCUUGAUUCACAAACUUUAUAAGCAAAUACGGAUGGUGUCUAGCAGUGAAAUCCAGGUCGCGCGUUUCGUCCUAUCUGUUACUCGUCAGCUGGAAUGAAUCCCAAAGUUGAUUUUCACUCCGGGACUCGAGCCAAGCGCCGUUCGCUCCAAACUCCAUCGCGUUAUCCAGGAUGCUCAUAUGCCAACAAGACACUGAUCAAUUGCUGUCCUGAACAUCAAUGGGAAGGUUCAAGUAAACAAUACGAAUUCAGUUUAAAACUUCACCCCAUCGCACAUGCAAGUGGUUAUCAGGACUUAGUAGCUAAGUUGAUAAUGCGAUGUCGUUUCAAGAGAACUUUGCUAGGUUCGAGUCCUAGAGUGAACAUAAACUGUGAGAUGCAGGUACAUCCAUCUGACGAGUCCCGAAUUGGAUGAAACACGCUUAAAUGAUUAAGUCUAAAUAUGUU